ACUGCAACGCUGAAAUGACCUUUAUUGGAGUAUUUUGACAAGUAGUAGCUGUGGCGGCGUUUUCCGACCACCGUGUUAUUAAUGUCUCCCUGCCGUUACAGCUGGUAAUAAGCUGGGCUUUAAUAUUUCCCCUUAUCCCGUGGAAAUAGACAGCUGGCCGCUCAGAAUGGGAGGAAAUGGAAGCAAAGCGAGGAAUGUGUCUUUUGGGCUGGACGAAGACGAGAAGGUCACAGUAGUUGAAGGAGUGAAGCUCUCUGAGGAUGUUCUCCGGCGGAUGAGGGAACCUAAGGGAUCGGAAAGAGUUCGGUCUCCAUCCUCUGCCUCAGAAAGUCACAAAGCAUCACCAAAAGCAAAACCUGCAGAACCAUCAGCUUCGGGGGCACAAGAAGAGAUGCGUAAAAACUACGAGCGGCAACAGGCUCUGGUGCAGGAGCAGCUGGCCAAGCUGGCCCAGAGGGAGAGAGAGACUACAGCCGCCACAGACGUGGAGGAGACCAGGCCUAGUGUCAUCAUGGAGAAGUGGAGAACGCAUGAAGAGCAGGAGAAGGCCAAGUUACUGCCAGCAGAUUUGGAUGCUUGGGCUAAAAAGUUGGAGCAGAAAGAAAAGGAGCUGGCCACCAUUUCCAGUUUCUACAAAGAACAACUAGAAAUACUGGAGAAAAAAAGCUUUGAGAACUACAAGCAGACAUCUGAACAGUAUUUUGAAGCUGCAACUAAAACCGAAGCCCUGAUACGGCCCCGUCACAGUGAAUCUCUGUGCACUGAUCUGCAGGCUAAGGUGCUCGAAUGCUACAGAGAAAACCCACAGCAGACCCUGCACUGCUCUAGCCUGGCCAAGCAGUAUAUGAACUGUGUUCAACAGGCAAAGCAGAGCUCUAUGAAAAAUCAUGGCUGAGAAGUGCAAGAAAAUCAGUAACAAGUGAAGCAGUGAAGAAACUAAGACACCACAAUCAUAUCAAAUCCGUCCAUUUUUAUUUCUGCUUCUCUAUGUCUCUAUACAUUAUUUGACCAUUAUGUAUUAAACCAUUUUUCGUUCACAUUUUUCCUUGUUUGAACACCAAGUUGUGCCAGAGCUGUUUCUGCUUAAAUAAAUUCUCAUAAUCCGGUGGUGA